UUCGACAUGGAUAGUACAGCUGAAGAUGUUCAGAAAGAGAUAGCCAAGUGCAUGGACAUGGCCAAAGAUGGCUUCGAUGCUAUGCUUAUGGUCUUUUCAGCUCAGUCUCGGUUUUCUUGUGAAGAUGAGAAGGCAAUUGAGUCAAUCAAACUGCUCUUUGGCAAUGAAGUCCUUGAUCACAUGAUAUUAGUUUUCACACAUGGAGAUGUAGUAGGGGGCGAAAGCCGUUGGAAGAAAAAGUUAACUGACAGUGCCCCAGCAUAUCUCCAGGACAUGGUGGACCUAUUUGCAGACAGAGUUGUUCUCUUUGACAAUAACACCAGUGAUAUGCAGCAGCGCGAGUAUCAGCUCAAAAAAUUGUUCCGUGCGGUGGAUUUUGUCAUAUCAAGAAAUCAUGGCAGACCGUUCUGCAACCAGAUGUUCACUCAGAUUAAGGAAAUGCAUCCAGUAUCCAUAUCAAAUAAAGAGAUAUAUGAUGACUACCUUAAACAGAUAAGCAAGAUGGUGGAGGAAAAGUUAAACAGUACAAUUGCAAGGCUGGAAACCCAGCUGCACGAAGAGCAGAAAGAAAGGCAAGCCGUAGAGAACAGCUUGAGAGAAGAGAUUCAUGCACUGAAGGAUAGCCUGAAGAAGGCUGAAGAAGAGGCCAACAAAUCUAGCAGCAAAUGCAUCAUUCUGUAAGAUGGUGUCCUUGGACUGUUGGACAAAAUUUGCAGCAUGUAUGAAUUCUGUAUGCUUCGCUAUCUGGAAACUCCGUAACUGCUAGUAGUACUACUUAUCGAGCAUCGUGAAAGACCUGAACAAGAUUUUGUUUUGAGUUUAGAUUGAAUUCUGUAUGCUUGGCUAUGAUAUGUAGAUCUUGCAUGCAUUAUGUGUUCUGAAAUUUGGUUGAUUCUUGUUUCAUGCCAAGUGAGGUUUGUGCUAGUGUGCUAUCUGUUGCUUCAUUCGCUAUGUUGAAAUAAGUUUUUACUGAAGACUAUGCUUUGUGGUAGUAGAACUAGCAUACAUAUGCUAAAGUACUUUCUUAGCCA